ACAGACCUGAGAGAGCCUGAGAGAGCGAGCAGUCGCUGGCGGCCCGGAUGGAGGUCAGAUUGCGUGCACAAUUGGAUCUUCAUGAGACGCGAUCCUACGAUAGAAGCACUACAAUCACUCUCGACUAGGGUCGACUCACCUAUCGUGCUCUAUCGUGAUGGCCGGCCUGGACUGAAUCCGCUCAUCGCACUACUGCGCUGAGGGAAACGAGGUCAUCUGUGAUCUAUCAGCCUCCUCUUUGGCCUGCAACAUGAAAGAACAGGCGCAGCACGAACCCGACGGCGUUCCACGAUCCCCACAACUUGCGACCGCCAUUAUGCUCCCUAAACCUCCCCCAAGGGAAACUAGUAUAUAAAGCUCGACAGGGGCUUCAGGAGGCCGUCGUCCACCGCUCAUCCUGCCAUGGCUCCCUCUGUCGCACCGCUCACCCCAGAGAUCCAGGAAUCGCCCCUUCUUCUCGCAAAGAAGAACGGCCUGUCCAACAACGGAACUCAAUACGAUGUCAACGAGAGCUAUGACGGAGACUACCGCUUCGCACCCAUCGAAGAGGCCCAGGUCUCGCGGGCGAUGAUCAAACGAUACUUCAACAUGAUGUACGAGCGUGCAGUAUCGGACGUGGUCAUUGUAGGAGCCGGCAGCGCGGGCCUUUCGUGCGCAUACCACCUGGCGAAAAGCCGUCCGGACCUGAAGAUCACCAUCAUCGAGGCUGGCGUUGCACCAGGCGGCGGUGCAUGGCUGGGAGGACAGCUCAUGACACCGAUGGUAGUCCGCAAGCCCGCCGACCGCUUCCUCACCGAACUUGGUGUCCCGUUCGAAGACGAGGGUCCGUUCGUCGUCGUCAAGCACGCCGCACUCUUCACCUCUACCGUCCUAUCCAAGGUCCUCGCGAUGCCGAACGUCGUCAUGAUGAACGCGACCGCGGUCGAGGACCUCAUCGUGCGCGAGGACUUCCAGGGCCGCCAGCGCAUCUCGGGCGUCGUGACCAACUGGACGCUCGUCGCGCUCAACCACGACACGCAGUCCUGCAUGGACCCCAACGUCAUCACCGCGCCGGUGAUCAUCAGUGCGACCGGCCACGACGGCCCGAUGGGUGCUUUCUCCGCCAAGCGUCUCGUGAGCACCGGCCUCCUGAAGGAGCUCGGAAACAUGCGCGGUCUCGACAUGAACCGCGCCGAGCCUGCCAUCGUCAACGGAACGCGGGAGGUCGUGCCUGGUCUUAUCAUGACCGGCAUGGAGCUCUCCGAGCACGACGGCUCAAACCGGAUGGGCCCCACGUUUGGCGCUAUGAUGGCCAGUGGCAUAAAAGCUGCAAAGGAGGCCAUGCGCAUCCUCGACUCUGCGCAAGUCGUCGACGGAAAAAUCGUGGGAUAAGUCGGCAGAGGGAUGUAUCGAGAAAAUUAAAAUAGUGUAUCAUUAGUGUAUCGUUAUUGGACCCCCACUCAAGCACACACGCGUUCGCUCGAUUUUAUACCGCGCAUAUAUGAUCGUUCUUUUAAUGUAGUGGGCGGGUUGAUGGAUUGAUCCGCCAUCAAGCGCCUCAAAGCGAAGCGCUUCCUGACUUGAGCGUC